GACGAGCUUUAUUUCUCAGCAACGAGCCAGAAUCACAGGGUGGCAAAUCCCGUGCACGGCUUUUGUUAUUAAAAGGGUGCCAAUGACUAAUGCCAAAUCGAGUUCGCACUAAGCUUAGUAUAAAAUGUUAGCCAUAACAGAAAACGGUUACGGAAGGGACUUUCUGCUGCCCGAACUUCAAACCACACCCACUCAAUCUUCUUCACCCUUCUCUCUUUCUUUCAAACUCACAACACAAUCUUCAUUUCGCUGUCUAAUUCUUCUUCCUACGACCACCGCCGCGCCGCGACCGCCGUGUCGCUCCGGAAUGUUCCACAACAUCGAAUGCGGACCGUCGGUGACGUUGCCGUCGCCGCCAGCAGAUAAGCUAGGGUUCGCUAAGCUCUGCGGAAUCAAUGUCGCCGCCGGAUUUUACCGUUGUCGCAGAAGCUUGGUCCUCCACGGCGACGGUUUGAGAUCGAACUUGUUGAAGCCGAUUAAGGCGAAGGAGGACGCCGUUAAUUCUUUGAUCGACGAGUGUAACCGAAAAUGCUCUGGGAAUUGGUUCAAGCCAAUUAAGGCAAAGGAGGACUAUGACUCGUCUUGGACAGAGGAAUGUGCUGCUACAUUUUCUGGUAAAAAUCUCCGCCAGAUGUCAAAUGUUGGAAACUCGACGAACAUUUUGUGGCAUGACUGUCCAAUUCAGAAACAAGAUAGACAGCAUCUACUUCAGCAAAAAGGCUGUGUUAUAUGGCUAACUGGCCUCAGUGGUUCAGGAAAAAGCACUAUUGCAUGUGCUUUGAGUCGAAGCUUACACUCCAGAGGAAAACUGUCUUACAUCCUUGAUGGGGACAAUAUGCGGCAUGGUCUGAACCAUGAUCUUAGUUUUAAAGCAGAAGAUCGUUCAGAAAACAUACGAAGGAUUGGUGAGGUGGCAAAACUCUUUGCAGAUGCUGGUGUUAUUUGCAUCACUAGUUUAAUAUCACCCUACCGAAAGGAUAGAGAUGCUUGCAGAGCACUACUUCCAGAAGGAGAUUUUAUUGAGGUUUUCAUAGACGUUCCACUACAUGUGUGUGAAGCUAGGGACCCAAAGGGACUCUACAAGCUUGCUCGAGCUGGAAAGAUCAAAGGUUUCACUGGUAUAGAUGAUCCAUAUGAACCACCGUGUACUUGUGAGAUAGUAUUACAACAGAAAGGAAAUGACUGCAAGUCUCCAAGUGAUAUGGCUGAAAUAGUGAUAUCCUACUUGGAGGAGAAUGGAUACCUUAGGGCUUGACAUCGCCUUAAAGGACCUCCCUUGUAACCUGUGGUUAUAUUAUUGUGUGUAAUGUAAUUUUUGGCGCAUAAAAAUGUGUUCCUUCCAGCAGCAAGGAAAUCAUCGUUUCCUGCACAUCUGCUUCAGGACUAAAUAAAUAAUGUGGAGCAAUGAGGAUGGACUAAGGAAUUAGUGCUGAUUGCUAUAGCUCGUAGUAAGACAGGCCUAUUAUAUCUGAUUUGUAUCUUUAAGCGAAUAAUUAUUGGUCGAUGCGGAGUGUAUAGUGCCCGUGAAGAUCUGUCAUCCUAGCACACAAUAGUAACUGGGUGGUAACACUAUCCUUGCCCUUGACAUUUCUGUGUUGAUACCCAAUUCUGGUGCAGCUAUGACACACAAAUCCUUCAAAAUUGGUAAUGUACCCAUAUUGUACGCAUAUCAGAUGCUCCGUAUGAAUAUUAUACAACU